GUUGACAUGGCAAAUGUUACAGAAGUUAACAUAUCCGUGUCUGACGAAGACAAAUGGGCGUAUCUCUACCGGAUCCAGGCUGAGUACAAUGUUGAAAACACACCGACAUUUUUAUUUCUGGCACUGAUCGGCGUCUCUGGAAUCUUCGGGAAUUCCUUAAUUCUCAUCGUCUACUCUCGCAAAAGGAACAAGAACCCAACCGUCAUUCUGAUACAGUGCAUUGCAGCCUUGGACUCAUUUACAAAUCUGGUUAUAAUUCCAGGUACGAUGUACACACUCGCACACACCUGGACGUACAGAAACGUCACGAUCUGCAAGCUGUAUUAUUUUGUCAACACAGCUGUCUCUUGGACCUCCGCGUUACUGUUGGUGGUGGUGGCUAUUAUUAGAUACCGACAGAUCUGCAAACCUUUUGGAAGACAGAUCAACAACAAAAAGGCGAAAAUAAUAUGCGUCCUGGUGGUUUGCUUGUCGGCCAUCUUGUGCAUACCGGUGGGAAUUAUCUACGGACAGGUGCGAGAGGACACGGAGCUUGAGGCAAUCGUUGGAUACAACUGUGGCGUGGCUGACCAACACGCCAACACCGUCUGGCCGAUGGUGUUUCAUGGCUUGUACAUCGUGAUUUUUCUGUCUUGCUGCAUCACGCUGUCGACGUUGUAUGUUUUAAUCGGGGUGAAAGCAAAGCGGCGAAAAGUUUCACACAUUGUGGUAUUACCGAAACGGCCGCACAUGUUUCCAGAUUUAAGAAAAGCUGUAGUUGAGCCUUCAGGUAUGAUUGGGCCUGACAGGAUUACAGAUGAUACGUGUACAAAUAUGUCGGAUAGUAGUGAAGCUAGUCAUGACCAAACUGAGUUGAGUACAAACAACAGCUAUGGGGCGGACACUGAAUCCAGUGGCCUAGAGCUAUCACCGACUAAUAUUGCCGUGCCUGCGGUGACCGCUACAGCUGUUCCUACACUGACCACUACAGCUGUUCCUACACUGACCACUACAGCUGUUCCUACACUGUACAAUGAUGUUAAUACCUGGCGCACCACAAGGCUGAAACCUAAAGCAUGGGAUGUAGCUUACUACGCCAAUCAAAGUUCUACCGUGUCAGAGGAAGAAAAAUGGCGGUACCUGACAGACCUGCAGUCCAGGUUUCACGUGUACAACAUACCUGCCCUCACCCUGCUCGUCUUCUGCUCCGUGGCCGGGCUGUUGGGGAAUUCCCUUAUCCUGGUGGUGUACUCACGUAAGAGAAACAAAACGCCCACAGUGGUUCUCAUUCUGUUUAUCGCUGUCAUCGAUCUCAUCAACAACGUCAUCAUCGAUCCAGCCGUAAUUUACGCCAUGUUACACAGCCGAACAUACACCAACGUGAGCUUGUGUAAAGCGUAUUACUUAAUCAACAGCUUUACAACAUGGAUGUCGGCCAUGUUGUUGGUGGUCGUGGCUAUCAUCAGGUACAGAAAGAUCUGCAGACCUUUUGGAAGACAGAUGACCGUCACAGAGUCAAAAAUUACCUGUGUAUUAAUUCUAGUCUUCUCUUUACUUUUGAGCAUCCCAUUUGCGGUUUUCUACGGUCAGAUAACCGAAUCCACGGAACGUCCAGAAAUAACCGGCUACAAUUGUGGAGUGGCGGAUGAGUUUAAAAAUGACUUCGGACAAAAGCUGACCCAUGGGCUGUACAUUCUGGUCAUUCUAACGUGCUGUGCUACCCUGGCCACGUUGUACAUUUUGAUUGGUUUAGAGGCGAGGAAGAGAAGGGGUCCAGUGAGGGUUGCGUCUUUUAAGGCCAGUUCAAGCAGGAGUAAAAUGGCAAGUGUGAGUUCUGUAGGGUCACAUUCUAGCGGAGACACAGUUGCCACACACGUUGAUAUUGGUGGCAACAACCACACAAAAAACCACACGGAUGCCCUCAUGAAUAAAAACACCACAGCCCAGACUAAUACUGACACAAAUGCCCACACAGAUGCUCACACAAUUACCCACACUGAACCAGCUAUUUUAUUUGAGAAAGAUGUCGGGUCUAAAACAACUCAUAAGUCUGGCUCCACAUUUGGUCUGGCCAACUCCGAGGUUGUUCUAACGAACUCCCAGAGUAUCCUAAAGAACAAUGUCACCAGCAACACAUCAACCAUGACGGUGAUCCCCACCCUAACCCCACCCACACACACCCCACCUACCGGCAUCUCCAGUUGGCGCCGUUUGUCCCGCGCCAACAGGACCCCGCCCCUGAGCAAGACGACCCGGAUGUUGCUAGCCACCAGCGUCAUCUACAUCGUGAGUUACAUGACCACCUGCACCAUCCUACUGAUACGUUCCGUGUCGAGGGUUACUUAUGACAUGCCCAUGUACGGCUACUCCGUCAUGAAUAUGUUAAUCGUCCUGUAUCUCAUCAACAGCGCGGCCAACCCGUUUAUCUACAGCAUAUGUAACAAAGUCUUCAGGAGAGAUUGUGUAGCCGUCCUCAAAUGUCGAUGUACACGUAAAUAAAACAAA